UGUUUGAAAACAUGAAGUUUGAAAAUAUGGUGCAAAGUUUAAACAACUAUUCAAAGUAAUAUGGUUGGAGAUGGAGAAACGUGCAUCAUACCGGACAUAGUAAAGAAUGAAUUACUGUUUCUGCGCUUUCUAACAAUAAAGUAACGUACGAUGUAUCUGCUAACGAAAAGAGACUUGCAAAGAUUGACGAUUAGACUUAAAAGAUUUGGUCUCCUAAGACUGGCAAAGAAUGCAGCUUUGCAACAAGCUCAUUUGUGUCAAUACAGCCAUUUGAAUUCGAAGCUAUUUGUUGAAUCAAAUUCUUUGAAAGUCAGAAGACUAAUAGAUAGUUUAGUUGUUAAACGAGUGACGAGCUCUGCUGAUGUUAAGUCGAAGAAUUUUUACAAGAGUUUGUAUAAUCAUCUUAAUAAUUUUUGUGAUGGUGUUUUGAGUGGAGAAUGGAUAGUAAAACAUGGAAGACUACUGCUUUCAAGCAUGGAUGGAGGCUCAAAUUCAAACAAAAAUGAAAAACCAGAUCAUCAUAGUUCAAGUUUCAAUGAUCCAAACAACAUGAACUUAUUUCUGAUACUUGGUGUUAUGAUCGGAGCUCUGUAUCUUCUUGGUACUAACAGUGAUCCAGUACCUGAAGUCACGUGGAACGCAUUUUAUCGAGAAAUGCUUAUUAAUGGAGAGGUUGAAAAGCUUGACAUUGGAUCAACAGGAGACAUUGUGUACAUUUAUCUACAUAGAGGGCUAUUGUUGGUGGCAAAGAGUUUUUUCCAGGCACGGUCAUUUGGUCCUCACUAUCGAUUGCAAGUGUUAAAUGCGGACAGUUUUGAAGAGAAAUUGAAAAAUGCCUACAAGGAACUUGGCAUAUCUUCAAAAGAGUACAUACCCAUCAAUUAUCGUCAAGAAAAUGAGCUUCUAGGAGCUUUCAUUAGUGCUGUAGGAAGUCUUAUUGUCUUUGGAAUUCUUUGGUAUUUGUUCGUUUAUCGUGGAAGGUCUGCGGGAUCCAGAAACAAUGAUAUAUUUGGCGCAAAUAAUCCGUUUAGUGACCGCGUCAAAGCAAAAGUAACCGUUGUCGAAGCUGAUGGAAAAAAUGAUAUCAGACUGAAAGAUGUUGGAGGAAUGGGCGAGGCGAAGGAAGAAGUCCUCGAGUUUGUCGAUUACUUGAAAUCACCUGAUAGAUAUAAAGAUCUUGGAGCCAAAAUCCCUAAGGGAGCUCUACUGGUUGGUCCACCUGGCACAGGCAAGACUUUGCUAGCCAAAGCAAUUGCUACCGAAGCAAGCGUUCCUUUUCUUUCGAUGGCUGGCCCAGAAUUUGUCGAAAUGUUUUCUGGUGUUGGUUCGGCUAGAGUUCGAGAUCUGUUCGGCCAAGCUAAAGCACGUGCUCCAUGUAUCGUGUAUAUUGAUGAACUGGAUUCUAUAGGACGGUCAAGAAAGUCCUCUGGCCUGUCAGGUGGUGAAAAUGAGCAGGAAAACACACUUAUACAGUUACUGGUCGAAAUGGAUGGUAUGAAUUCAAUUGAUGGCGUGAUAAUGCUCGCGUCUACAAAUCGAGCAGAUAUUUUGGACAAGGCGUUGCUAAGACCGGGAAGAUUUGAUCGUCUUAUCAACGUUGAUUUGCCAACCUUACACGAGAGAAAGGAGAUUUUGAAAGUUCAUCUCGGCAAACUUAAGCUGGAAAGGAAUAUUAAUGAUUACGUUCAGAGAUUGGCUGAAUUAACUCCAGGAUAUUCUGGUGCGGAUCUAGCCAAUGUUUGCAACGAAGCUGCUCUACAUGCGGCACGUGUUAACGAAACAGUUGAUACAAAAAACUUUGAUUACGCUGUCGAAAGAAUCAUUGCAGGUAUGGAAAAGAAAAGUCAUGCAUUGUCGUCUGAGGAACGUGAGAUGAUUGCAUAUCACGAAGCGGGACACGCUGUUAUAGGGUGGAUGUUGGAACACGUUGAUCCCUUAUUAAAGGUAUCCAUUGUCCCUCGAACCAACGCUGCUCUUGGUUACUCCAAAUAUCUACCUUCUGAUCAAAAAUUAUACACAGCAGAACAAUUGUUUGAUCGAAUGUGCUUGGCUCUUGGUGGACGAGUGGCUGAGGCCAAAGUAUUUCAAAAGAUCACAACAGGAGGGGAAGAUGAUUUGAAGACAGUAACUGAUAUUGCUUAUAAGCAGAUUGCAGCCUACGGCAUGAACUCCACGAUUGGUAGUUUAUCACUUCCAAUUAAAACCAACGAAUUGGGUAAAAGACAAUACAGUGAUAAACUAAGAAAACUUAUCGACGAGGAAGCAAGACAGUUGAUAUUAAAGUGCUAUAGACGUACCGAAGAAAUUAUGGAUGAACAUUUUGUUGAAUUGAAGAAGGUCGCACAGGCCUUGUUAAAAAACGAAGUACUUAACUACGAAGACAUCGAGAAACUGAUCGGUGAACGUCCUUAUUCGAAAUCACGUAAACCAGAGACAGCAGAAUAAAUUACAACUCGAUCCGGGACUGUAACAUUUUACAACAGGAACGUUGCUAAUAUAUAAGCAUGACUAAGAAAUUAAGACGCAAAUUUAACCGAUAUUUAUAGUUAAUAUUAUAUGUACCUAGACCCAUGUACACAUGUCUUUCAGUUUGAAAAUAGGAUGGCAGGUUUUAAACAUCAAAACAAAAGACCGAAUGCUUAACCUGCUGAAGACAAGAAACAAGAUGUGUAUCAUUAUAAUCAAUUGCUUUUGAGCUAUGUCAUCUUAUUUUAAUAGUGCUCUCCAUCGCUAAUGAUUGUAUAUAAGUUCACUUCGAUGUAAAUCAUUCAUCCGUAAUUCGUGUAUUGAUAACCUAUGACUAGUAAUUAUCGGAGAAUGUCGAUAUAUAUAGGUUUUGUGGUAGUUUUAAUAUUCUUUUGUUUAGUAUUGAAUACAAAUUGUUCUAUUUUCAAAGAA